AUGUGGUCAACCCAAGGCCGCCACGCACUUUCUAGAAUAUACAAUCUAAGCUCUAGGACUCUCUCAGAUCUCCUCAUCUCACAGCGAUCCAGAAAAAUUCUUGUUAGGCACCUGGGAGUGAGCCCUCUACGCGACAAAGUGGUUAGCCCUUUCCAAGUUCUUAUCUAG